CUGGGAGCAGAGUAAGAGAAGCACAGGGCUGUUUUCCUGGCUGAAGAGUACCAUCCUUCAUCUUUAUGAAUAACAUGCACUUCAGUUGCUAGGAUUUACGUCCACCCACGAGGCAGCAGGGCUCCAUCAUCACCAUCAGCUGCUGAGGGUCCAAGUGUGGAAUAAACUAUGAAGAAAAAAAGCAGACAUCCAAGAUCAUCUGAGGCUUCACGAAAGACCAGCCGGACACAGACGAGCGUGACCGUCAAUGAAGGGAAGAGGCCACCUGGAAACAGAGGGAGACCUCGGAAGACCGGCUCUGUAACCGCAGACAGUUUCUACCAUGAAAACACUGCAACACACACGACCUCUAACUCAGACUUAAGUGUGACAGACACAAAGAAACACACAGAGAGCAAGCCGAAAUCAUCAGGUAGACUAUCUACUGCUAUCUGCAGGCUCUGCCAUGGGAAGUUCUCUCCACGGAGCCUGCGGCAUGCCUUCAACAAAUGGCCUCAGAAUUCGACAGAUAUUGUUGAAGAUGAGUCAGAUGCCCAAUCGCCCCUUUUAUUCCACACGGACUUCCAGCGUUUGGUUGGGGUCCAGUUGGACCGUGACCCACGGUUAUCAGAAUAUAUCUGCAAGAAGUGUCACACCAAGUUCUACAAAUGCCACAGCAUCCUGGUCAGGUUUCUGCAGAGAGUCAACCUCCUGCCUCCUGUUGGGAAAGAGAACUCUAAAAGCCGGAAGAAUGCAAAAUGUCCAGAACCAUCAGUAAACCACGGAUCAACACCGACACCGUCCUUUACCUCAGACCAUAAGUGCCUCCAUAAUCUGGUAUCUUGGGCUCACCACCACGGAGAGGGCUGCCAAUCCUGCCCUGACCUGAAGGAGGUGCUGGAGGAUCGGUGCUGGGGUUCCAUUAAGGCUGUGUGGGGUUGUGUUGAUGGCCACAGCUACACCAUGGACACCCAGUGCAGCACCGCCACCAACCCAGCAUACACAUUGAACUUUGGAGCCUUAGGGAGUGGAAAUGGUGAUGGAGGGAUGUCUGAGGAGGAGGAGCAGGACGAGGAGGUGGAGGAUGAUGAAGAAGAGCAGGCCGGCGGGAAUGCAAGGACCCCAGCAGGAAGUACAGUCGGUCUGGCUAAGCACAGUCCACCUACAGUGACACCACAGACUCAGAGCUCAGCACUGACUGACUGGACCAGCAACACUGAAGAUUUUCCAGGCCAUGAUGAGGCGUUGUCUCCUGCUCCGGCCCAGCUGGAGGACAGGACUGCUGACAGUGAUCUGUCUGACCGAGUCAUCUCGGAGGAUGAGUUAGAGGAGAGCAGAAAAGGAGGACUGUCAGACGAUGAUUUGUUUGAGCCGUAUUCAGACAAGAGGGUGAACAUUCCCAGCAAGAGAAGAAGAAGCCCGAAGAACCCAGAGGAACCCAAAAUCAAAAAGAAACCAGGACCCAAACCUGGCUGGAAGAACAAGUUCAAACCUAAAGGAGAGGAGCUGCCCAACAUCUACAAGUGUCCAUAUCAGGGCUGUACAGCCGUCUAUAGAGCUCCUGAUGGUCUGAAGAAGCACAUAAAAGAGCAUCACGAGGAGGUGAAACAGAGACCCUGCCCUCACCCAGGCUGCAACAAGGUUUUCAUGAUAGACCGCUACCUGCAGCGACACGUCAAGCUCAUCCACACAGAGGAGAGGAACUACAUUUGUGACCAGUGUGGCCAAACCUUCAAACAGAGGAAACAUCUGUCAGUUCACCAGAUGAGACAUUCAGGGGCCAAACCACUGCAGUGUGAGGUAUGCGGCUUCCAAUGUCGCCAGCGAGCAUCGCUAAAAUACCACAUGACCAAACACAAGGCAGAGGCAGACCUGGAGUUUGCGUGCCUCAUGUGCGGCAAACGUUUCGAGAAGGCCCACAACCUCAACGUCCACAUGUCCAUGGUCCACCCGCUGACUCAGGCCAAGGUUCAGAGAAGCAGCAGCCAGCAGCAGCAGCUCUACUCUGACCUGCACACCAUCACGCUGACCGGGGAGGUGGUUCAGCAAGACCAGGACAGAUGACGACAGGGAGUCCAGGUCCAAGUCUGCUGCUGUAGUACAUAAAACUGUGGGACAAAGGACCAUUUCUGACAGCUGUGGAGGAAUUUCAGUAAUAAAUGACAACAUUUAUCUGACUUUUCUGCCAACAUGUCUUUAAGUGGGAACCACAUAAAUUAUGGAUCAACUUGUGUGUCAUAAACUGUUGUAUUUCAAGUUAGAGUCAGUGAGUCUGGAGGAAGAUUGUCCAACACUUUCUGUCAAAUUCAGUGAAUAUCUCCUCACAGUCUGCUAGCUGUCCAUACUGUGUGUGUGCUGGUGUUCAUACACAGCAUUGGCUCUGUAAAUGGGAACAAAUACUACUCUAGCCAAUCACUUGCUAAUCCAGCCAACCUGUUUUGGUUGUUGCCAUGGCAAUGCAUGUCCAUUGGUGGCUUCUAAGGGAGCACACAGGGAGGAGUGUUUAUCUCAAGUAUCAACAAUCUUUCUCCAGAAUGGCUGACUCUGCCUUCAACAAAAUGUUUAAUUUUAGUCAAUGAGGUGGCGAUUCCUCUGAUAAUAUAUUUUCCACAAAUUGAUUUUCAUUCCAUAAUGAAUCUUAUUUCAUUGUCAGGACAUCUUCCGACCAAUUAUACCUUAUUCUAAGCUUGUUUUCACGAAAGCAGCAGGCUUCCCAAAUGCUGCAGCGCAAACCUGUUGCUCUGUAAGUGAAAGCAUCUAGAAAGUUGACCAACAGCUGGGCAGUUUUUAAUCCCACGGAGCAGGAA